AUGGAGACGUAUGACAGCAACAGGUACUUCUACAGCGAUGACAUGCUGUACAAUGUCAGCUACGAUCUAACCUACCUUGGGGAGCGCUCCAGCUCCAGUCUUCCCUAUUCUCACAUCUACCUGCCACUGCUGUAUUUCCUCAUGUUUUUCACAGGCUUCCUGGGCAACCUCUUUGUGAUCACAGUCAUGGGCAGCCGGGGGAAGAGAGGUGGCCGUCUGGUGGAUACGUUUGUGGUUAACCUGGCACUUGCGGACCUGGUGUUUGUCCUCACCCUCCCUCUGUGGGCCGUCUCGUCCAGUCAGGAGGGACACUGGCCUUUCGGCAACCUUCUCUGCAAGCUGAGCAGCUACAUUGUUGCCGUCAACCGCUUCUCCAACAUCUUCUUCCUGACCUGCAUGAGUGUGGACCGCUACCUGGCCGUGGUGGGACUCGUGGACUCCCGCUUUCUCCGCAGCAGCCAGUGUGUGCGUCUCAACUGCGCCGUGGUCUGGCUGCUGUCCCUGGCUCUAGGUACCCCCUCCCUAGUGUACCGUAGCAUGUAUACUCCCAACGGCCAACUCUUCUGUCUGGAGGAUGAAGAGUCAUCCUUCUUCCUGGGUCUGAGCCUGACCAUGGUCUUCCUGACCUUCGCCCUGCCGGUGCUCAUCAUCAUCCUCUGCUACGGUUCUAUCCUGGCCCACCUGCGCCAGCACUGUGUUUCUGCUGGCAACCCUCGCGCAGAAGCCCGACGCCGCCACUCUCUCAAGAUGGUCUUCAUCAUAAUAGUGGCCUUUGUGGUGUCUUGGCUUCCCUUCAACAUCUUCAAGACCAUCCUCAUUGGUUUCAGGCUGUCUAGGGCCGAUCUGAGCAUUGAGACACAGUCUGUCUUGAGUCAGGGCCUCACCCUCUCCUGCUGCUUGGCCUUUCUCAACAGCUGCAUAAACCCAGCCAUCUACCUGUUCCUGGACCACCACUUCAGAGGGCAGGCGGAGAACCAGUUCCUGAGCUGCGUGGGGAAGCUUGGGCUACACCAAGGCUAUGCCUCGUCCACUGACUUCUACAACGGUACCUCAGAGAGCUGCGGCACAACAGCCUCCAGAACUCGUCUCCAGCCACUUGACCAGAAUGUCUGAUAGCAGGGUUCUGCACCUUUUACAGCCUCUUUGCGGUCCGAAACGCUAAAGGUUGAGGUGAAUCAUUUUGUGUUAUGAUUUUAGGUUUUAUGUAAUUCAAGCUCAGUGAAAGCAUUCUCUGAAAUAUAUUUUGUGUAUAUUAUAGCUUCUCAAAAUAAGUUAUAUUUUACAUAUCAUAAUUGCAUAUUUGAUUAUCAUUGAUAUUUGAAUUUAGGUUUUAUUUAUUCGCACCAAAGAAAAUAUUUGAAAGACGAAACAGUACAGAUAAAAAACUGGUCAAAACAGUGUGCAAGUGAGGUUGAUUAAUUUAGCUUUCGUUUUUUUUU